AUGGUACAUAAUGAGACUAAUAGAGAUGUAAAUUUAAUUAGUUUACUAUACGAAAAGAAAAAAGAACAGCUACACAUGUUUGAUUUAGUAGAAUGUGCAUACUAUUUAGAUAAUAUAGAAGCAUUGGAGUAUUUCCUAUCAAUGAAUGUACCAACAUUUUUACCAAACUACACAAAUAAUAAUAAAAGUUUUUCAAUAUCAUCGAUUAAAUCAUUAGAAUUACUAUUAAAAUAUCGAGUAAAUAUCAUAGAACCUUAUAAUAUCAAUAUCAAUAAUAACAAUAACAAUAAUAACACAACAUCAGCUUCAGCUUCAUCAUCAUCAUUCAGUUUAAACAAUAGUAAUAAUAAUAAUUAUACAAUAACAGUAGCAUUAGCAUUCAGUUUAAAAAAUAGUUAUAGUAACUAUAAUUUAAAUAGUAGUAUUAGUGAAUAUAGCAAUCUAAAUAAUAAUAGUAUCAGUUUAGCCCGAAGGGCAAGUUGUAGUAGUAUAAGCAGUUGUAAUAGUAAUGAUAGCAAUAAGCGAGGAAUUAAAAUCACCACCAAAUUAUAUACUACUACAUUUAAAACAUUAAAUAUCGGUAAUAUUCAAGAGACAUUAGAUAAGUUUCAUUCAAACAGAGCGGACCACCCAAAGAUUACCUAUGAAGCAAAAAAGAAAUAUCUCGAGUAUUCAAAUAUUGAAGAUAUAGAAAAACUAUUUAGAGCAAUCAGUACAUAUUCUGCAGGUAUACCAUUCAAUAAACUCUCAAUCAGAUUUAUAUGGAAGAAAGGAUUAAUAUGUCAUCACAGAGAAAAUUUUAAAAAUAAUUCUACCAAAUCUAAUUUUUCAUCAAAUGUUUCACCAGUUUACAAUUAUACAGGGUCAAAAGAGCAUCAACCUAAAAAAGAGAAAGAAUAG